UUCCAUCCAAUAAAUGAAAGAUGCUUCUGAUGAUGAGAGUGAGAUAUAUACCCCAUUCCAUCCAUUUUCCUUUUCUCUCUCCCCGUUUUGCUUUCCACCCACACAUACAUACAAACAUUCUUCAGAAAAAGCACAUCCUUGUCUUCUUCAUCAAUCAUCAUCAUCAUCAUCAUUCACAGUCUGUGAAAAAAAAACAUGAGUUCUUCUUCUGGUCAGAGCAGUGCCUAUGAUCUCUCUUUCAAGAUCUUGUUGAUCGGUGAUUCUGCUGUUGGGAAAAGUAGCCUACUUGUUAGCUUUAUCUCUAACUCUGUUCAUGAUAUUGGCCCCACAAUUGGUGUUGAUUUUAAGAUCAAGCUGCUCACAGUUGGUGGGAAGAGAUUGAAAUUAACUAUUUGGGACACUGCUGGGCAAGAAAGGUUCAGAACGCUAACUAGUUCUUACUAUAGAGGAGCACAAGGAAUCAUUCUUGUUUAUGAUGUAUCAAGAAGAGACACAUUUACAAACUUAUCAGAAGUGUGGUCUAAAGAAGUGGAACUCUAUUCAACUAAUCAGGAUUGUGUGAAGGUGCUAGUUGGAAAUAAAGUUGAUAAAGAUUCCGAAAGGGUUGUGAGCAGAGAAGAGGGUAUAGCUCUUGCGGAAGAGUUGGGAUGUUUGUUUUUUGAAUGUAGUGCCAAAACUCGAGAGAAUGUGGAGCGAUGCUUUGAGGAACUUGCACUGAAGAUAAUGGAAGUUCCGAGUCUUUUGGAAGAAGGAUCAACAGCAGUGAAAAGGAAUAUUUUAAAGCAAAAACAGGAACCCCAAGCAUCCCAAGAUGUUGGUUGUUGCUCUUAAAAUGCUCCAAUGUGGGCAUUGAGUCUUAAAAUAACCACCAUAUCUUGGACUGAUCCUCUGAUCCUCUGAUCCCUGUAUAUGUGAAGCUUCUUUCCUUGUAUCUUGUGAGUGCAAUUGUCUUUUGGUUGCUUACACCUAUAAAUAGAGAAUUGGCGACAAUUCUAUCUUUUGUAAAUUUCUUUGCCUUCUGUACUGUAAUCUGUUAUUGUUUUAUCCAAAUGAAUACACCCUUGUUCAAUUACUGAAGAAUAUGUGUAGGGCCUUGUUUAAGGUCUUCUUGUGCUGA